AUGGCUGACGUCCGCACCGAUGCUGCGAUACUCCUGGACAACAAGGGCCAUCUGGAGGGCAUCAUCAGCGAUCAAGACGUUGCGAGGCGGGUGGUAGCGAACAGACUGGACCCGUCUUCGACAACGGUGAGCGAGGUGAUGACGCCCCACCCGACCAUCGUCCACAUGGCGGACAGCGCCAUGGAAUGCCUGGGCAUCAUGAUCGAGAAGCGAUUCAGACAUCUGCCGGUGAUCGAUGGCGAGGGAAACGUGACUGGUCUUCUCAGCAUCGCCAAGUGCCUGUACGACGCCAUCCAAAGGCUCAAGAAGAAGGCUGCAAGGGCCGAGAACAGCGGCGGUGGCGGUGGCGGCGGCAACGCCAACCUAGCCGCGUCGGUUCUCCAGAUGGCCAACGCCGGGAAGGGCAAGGGCAAGAACAAGACGAGGGACCUCCAGGCCGCCCUGGCGAUGCUGCUGGCCAACUCCUCAGACGAGGCCGAAGCGAAAAUUACACGCCUCGCGUGGGUGUUCCAGCGAUGCUCAUUUCGAGCCCGCUGGAAGAAGUUUUUUCUGAUGGAUAAUGUAGGGUACAGGGUUAGGGUUAGCCAAUAG